AUGCACCGCACAUACUCUAUGCGCCAGUCGCGCGCACCCACCGCCUCGCAGAUCCAGAACCCUCCUCCUCCAUCAUCCUCCACCAAGGCUGGUAGAUUCUUCGGCAAGAGCAACAUCGGUAAAAAUGCUGCUGGCGCUUUCGGACCCGACCUCGCCAAGAAGCUUUCGCAGCUGGUGAAGAUGGAGAAGAACGUCAUGCGCUCCAUGGAGCUCGUUGGCAGAGAGAGAAUGGAGGUUGCACAACAACUUAGCAUUUGGGGUGAAGCUUGUGACGACGACGUCUCGGAUGUCACCGACAAGCUUGGUGUCUUGAUCUACGAGAUUGGUGAGCUCGAGGACCAGUUCGUCGACAAGUACGACCAAUAUCGUGUGACCAUCAAGAGCAUCCGUAACAUCGAGGCUUCUGUCCAACCCAGCAGAGACCGUAAGCNNAAGCAGAAGAUCACUGAUCAGAUUGCCCAGCUCAAGUACAAGGAGCCCAACAGCCCCAAGAUUGUUGUCCUUGAGCAGGAGCUCGUUAGAGCCGAGGCCGAGUCAUUGGUCGCCGAGGCCCAGCUCUCCAACAUCACCCGCGAGAAGCUGAAGGCUGCCUUCACCUACCAGUUCGAUGCUCUCCGUGAGCACUCGGAGAAGAUGGCCAUCGUCGCUGGCUACGGCAAGCACCUUUUGGAGCUCAUCGACGACACUCCCGACUGCGAGGACUCUCUCACCAACUGGGUCGAGCAAAACGCCGCCGUCACGUCUUCCCUCUCUACCCGCACCCGCACUCUUUCUCAGCGCCGCCGCAACCGUCACCAGGGCGAGGCCGUCGACCUUGCCGGUCAGGAUGCCCCUAUGGAGCAAUCUCGUGACAGCAACCUCUGGAUCCCUGCCAGCCAGCACCACAACGCUGACCGCUACGAGGACGACGAUGAGGAGGAGGACGCUAGCGUCGUCAACGACUCUGUUCGUGGCCGUGAGGAGGAGAGAGUCGCUGCUUAA